AUGGGGGAAGAGUUCAUGCUCUAAGAGGGUGGCUGGCUGGCACUGAGCAGCAAGCCCCGUUCACAUCGCCCUGCAGGCUGUGUUGCAAGCGCUUCCUGCAGGAAGCUGCCCUUCGCUCCGCCCUUUGCCCCCUCCACCCCACUGCAUCAGGAGCUGCCCCUGCCAGGCUGGGGAUGGCAGCUCUCGUCUGGAUGGCCCUUUGCCUUGCUGCUGCCUUUGCUGUGGACAGGAGCAACUUCAAGACAUGUGAGCAGAGCUCCUUCUGCAAGCGCCAGAGGAGUGUGAAGCCCGGGAGCUCCCCUUACCGGGCGCUGCUGGAGUCGCUCCAGCUCAGCCAGGACUCCAUGAAACUGCAGCUUGUCAAUGAAGUGAACAAGGUCCCACUCCUGCUGGAGCUGUGUGGGCUGCAGGGGAACAUGACGCGCAUCAAGAUCAAUGAACUGAGUCCGUUGCGCCCACGCUACGAGGUGCCUGAUGUGCUGGUGCGCGACCCACCCACCACCUGGCUGGCAGUGACAGGCCGGGACGAGAACAGCGUGGAGCUCUCACUGGGCGACUCUGGACACAAGCUGAUCCUGACAGGGAAGCCAUUCCGCAUGGACCUGCUGCAGGGGCGGGAGCUGGUGCUGAGCGUCAACCCCCGCGGGCUGUUGCACUUUGAGCACCUGCGGCACCGGAAGGACUCUUUCUCGGAUAAAGUUAGUAGCUCGGUCGGUAGCUUGUGGGAUAAGAUCAAGAGCCUUUUCCAUAGGGAGGAGCCAAAGGAGCCAGCCCCGGAGGGUGAGGCAGAAGGGAAGGAGCCAGAGCCAGCUGUGCCUGGGGACGAGGAGUCCAGUGAGAAGAGCACAAAGUCAGAGGAGGUGCCGGACAGGCCGGACCGGGCUGAAGAGGAGCUAGGUUCCUGGGAAGAGACAUUCAAGACCCACACAGACAGCAAGCCCAAUGGGCCGACCUCGGUGGGGCUGGAUUUCUCACUGCCUGGCUUUGAGCACGUCUAUGGGAUCCCGGAGCACGCCGACCACCUGCGCCUGCGCACCACCGAGGGGGGUGACCCCUACCGCCUCUACAACCUGGAUGUAUUCCAAUAUGAGCUGUACAACCCCAUGGCGCUGUAUGGCUCCGUGCCGCUCCUGCUGGCCCACAACACCCUGCGCACCCUGGGCAUCUUCUGGCUCAAUGCCGCCGAGACCUGGGUUGACAUCAGCUCCAACACAGCUGGCAAGACACUGUUUGGGAAGAUGCUGGAUUACAUGCAGGGGGGUGGCGAAACCCCCCAGACCGACGUGCGCUGGAUGUCGGAGAGCGGCAUCAUCGAUGUCUUUCUGCUGCUGGGGCCUGCGCCCACUGAUGUCUUCAGGCAGUACACAGCCCUGACGGGUACACAGGCCCUGCCCCCGCUCUUUGCCAUGGCCUAUCACCAGAGCCGCUGGAACUACAACGAUGAGGAGGACGUGGCUGCCGUGGACGACGGCUUCGACAUGCACGACAUCCCCUGCGAUGUCAUCUGGCUGGACAUCGAGCACACCGAUGGCAAGCGCUACUUCACCUGGGACCCCAACAAGUUCCCCCAGCCCCGCAACAUGCUGGGGCGCCUGGCCACCAAGAGACGCAAAAUGGUGUCCAUCGUGGACCCACACAUCAAGGUGGACAGCGGAUAUCAGGUCCACAACGAGAUCCGCUCCCGUGGCUUCUAUGUCAAGACCAAGGAUGGCAGUGACUAUGAAGGCUGGUGCUGGCCAGGCUCGGCUGGCUACCCCGACUUCACCAACCCUGAGAUGCGCGCCUGGUGGGCCAGCAUGUUCUCCUACGACCAGUACGAGGCCUCCACGGAGAACUUGUACAUUUGGAACGACAUGAAUGAGCCAUCUGUGUUCAACGGCCCCGAGGUGACCAUGUACAAAGACGCCCUGCACCAGGGCGGCUGGGAGCACCGCGACCUGCACAACCUCUACGGCUUCUACGUGCAAAUGGCGACAGCACAGGGACUGGAGCAGCGUUCGGGGGGCCUUGAGCGCCCCUUCGUGCUGAGCCGUGCCUUCUUUGCCGGCUCCCAGCGCUACGGCGCGGUGUGGACAGGGGACAACGCAGCCGAAUGGGACCACAUGAAGAUCUCCAUCCCCAUGUGCCUGAGCCUGGCCCUGGUGGGCAUCUCCUUCUGUGGAGCUGAUGUGGGUGGCUUUUUCAAGAGCCCGGAUGCGGAGCUGCUGGUGCGCUGGUACCAGGUUGGCGCCUACCAGCCCUUCUACCGGGCCCAUGCCCACCUGGACACUGUGCGGCGUGAGCCCUGGCUCUUUGGGGAGGAGAACAAAGCCCUGAUCCGUGCCGCCAUCCGCCAGCGCUAUGCCCUGCUGCCUUACUGGUACACAACCUUCUACCACAGCUACCGCUCUGGCCAGCCUGUCAUGAGGCCGCUCUGGGUGGAGUACUCUGAUGACGUCACCACCUUCAGCAUUGAUGACCAGUUCCUGAUAGGUAACGCACUGCUGGUCCACCCAGUGACAGAGCAGGGCGCCCACGGCGUGCAGGUGUACCUGCCUGGCAAAGGAGAGGUUUGGUAUGAUGUCCACUCGCACCAGAAGCACCAUGCCCCCCAGAUGCUCUAUGUGCCUGUCACCAUGAGCAGUAUCCCUGUGUACCAGCGAGGCGGGAGCAUUGUGCCGCGGAAGGAGCGGGUACGCCGCUCAUCGGACUGCAUGUACCACGACCCCUACACACUCUAUGUGGCGCUCAGCCCCCAGGGUACAGCGGAAGGAGAUCUUUUCAUUGACGAUGGGCACACGUACAACUUCGAGAUCAAGGCCCAGUACCUGCACCGCCACUUCAGCUUUGCCAGCAACACUCUGACAGCCAGAUCGGCGGAUUCCAAAGGCAUCUUUGAAACCCCAGCCUGGAUUGAGCGGGUGGUGAUCCUGGGAGCGGGGAAGCCAGCCGCCGUCUUCCUCAGACAGCCUGGCAUGGCUGAGACACGCCUGGAUUUCCAGCACGAGCCGGAGACCUCUGUCCUGACUCUGCGCAAACCUGGCGUCAACAUCGGAGCCAACUGGAGCAUCUCCCUGCGAUAAUGCCGUGCGGUGGGGGUGGAGGGGGGGGCUUGGAGUGAAGGAUGAUGCUUCUUUUCUCCCCCCUUUCCCCCCCCCCCGGAUACACCAUGCCCAGGCAGGGAUGAGGCCUUGAGCCAGCAGUACCCCACCCUUCUCCCUGUGUCUCAGGGCUGGUCUCCCCUGUGAAGGGCAGACAGGGGAGUUCUGACACCACCACCCCACCCCCAGCCUUCCACAGUAUAGGGGUGGCAGGGGCAUGGGAGUACCUAGCCCCUACCACCCUUAUCUUUCUCUGAGCUGCUUUAUAGACUAAUUUCUAGCAAUAUUUGCUCCUGGUUCUGAAUGACAAUUCCUUGGGCUAGGGACCAGGUUUGUGUGUUACAGCCCCACACCCCUUGCUGCUCAGAGGCCCCUUCUAGUAGGGGUGGGGGUGGGAUGGACCGGGAGGGGAGGGGAGCAGCUGCCCAGUCACCAAGUUCUCGAGAACAUUUAGGUGCCCCUGGCCCAACCGUGGGACCAAACACUUUGGCUGGCCUGAUCCUUUGACACCCCCCUUCCUGUCCUAGACAGACUGACUCCUCUCACACACGCUUCUGGCUUCCCUUUCUCUAGGGGUGGUCCCCCAUCUAACUCAGCCUGUCCCCUAAGUAACACUGCUGGACCAGAAGCAAAUCUUGGAAUGUGUAGGUGCAUGGAGCCUCCCUGCAUCCCGGUGCUGGUGGGGGAGGGCACUCCCACCUUCCUGCAGCCCCUGCCCCUAUCCCACGGUGGGGGGCAGGUGGUGCGUGGCCCCCACUGCUGGGAAGGGGAGGGUUCUGCUGUGUCAGGUGUGGAUGACAGUGACUCACUGUCACUUGUAUUUAUAGCGGUGAGGGAGCAAUGGAUCAUGUGGGGUUGGGGAUCAGAGUCCAGACUGUGGGCAAGGGGAGGGUGGGGGAAUGGGGGGAACUAGCUGUGCCUUGGCUCACAGUGAGACCCAAUGGGGCCUCUCAAGCUGCUAGGACUGGGCCCAAAGGCAGCCUCGACCCCUUUCCUGGCAGGAGAAGAGUGACACUGAGGGGUAAUGGCAGGAGUAUUUGUCCCUACGCCCUCCCUCAGCUCUUGCAAUGUUGCUGCCCCUGCCAUGACACUGUCCAGGUCCCUGUGGGGUAGCGUUCCUCGUAGACGGGGCAGACCUGGCUCUGGCACGUGUCUUUUUAUUCCCAAACUGCCUCCUCUCCCGAGAUGGAUGGAGAAACGGAGCCAGGGGUGGCUGGCCCUGCAAGGGGUGAAGCAGUCAUCAACUUCGUGUUUUGAUAAAAGAUGAACAAUAAAAAGAAAAAAAGUGA